GGUAUAGCGUGUUGCCUACUACAAUGUCCAUUUGUUAAUAAACUAUUUGGUCUAAAUUCUCGAGUUUUUUUCUCUUAGACACACAGUGCUUAAGAAUUGAACGAUCACAUCAAAAUUAAUCCUUUGACAAGGCCAGCUGACCCUAAAACAGUCACAACUGUAACUUAACCUCAAAAUCGGCCCAGUACUGUCAUGUGUCAAAAAAUAUAAUUCGGAAAGAUGGCAGAUACAGAGCUUGCAAAAGCCCUGAAAGAUCUUCCGUACAGAGUCCAAACUGCGAGUUUAAAACAGCGAAAAGAGGUUAUUGAAAGUGUCAUUGAUGUUUUGCAAAAUCCCGCAAUCAAUGAGAGUAUCAUCAAAGGAAUAUGUCGAGUGAUUCAGUUAACUUUGCCUCGAUAUCGCGACAGUUCUUCUCAAGUCCUUGUGAGAAACCUGAUUGUAGCAUUGCUUGAAAAACAUUCCGAUUUUGCUAUAAAAUGUCUGACUUUAAUGCUAAUGGAUAUUGCAACCCAACACAAGAAUCUUGUCGUGACUACAAAUACGUGUCAGACGGGGUUGUAUGCCUUGCAUUGGUCCUGUUUGGUGGUUACAGUUGGGUGGAGAGUCAACCAAAACAACGUUCUCGAGACUCACCUAUCACAAAUAAUCGAGGUUCAAUCUGUUUUGUUGACCACAGUAGUAGCGGCAGGGAUCGAAAAACGCUCAACUAAAGCGUUCAAUCUUUUAAAUAAUUUAUGGAAUUCGGUACCAGAAAGUGAAAAAUUGUAUUUAGAUAAAUUAAGAGAGUUAGAACAGACGCAAUAUGUGGUUGUUUUAGCAGCAGCUAUAGCUAAACGACUGACUUGUAUUAAUAAAAGUGGUUUAAUAAGUGAUUAUAUUAAUUCACUUUUGGAAACUUUUAUUAAGAAUUUUGUCAGUUGUAAAACAAGACCAUUACCGAAUGUUAUAAUAGCGACUUAUCCGUUAUUAAAACAAGUCAGUCUUGAUUUAUUCAAGAAGAAUCUUUGGGCUUCACUUCAGAAAGCAAUGUUGCGUAAUCCUGAAGUAAUCUUAGAGUGUGUUGGACUGGUAAUUUCAGGACUUUGUAUAGACUUGAGCACUUGUGCUGUUGAAAUAGGAAACAGUCUCAUUGCAAAUUUAUAUUCUAAAGACGACCAAGCAAGAAACGAAGCUGCCGAUGCCUGCAAACGUCUAGCUGAACAAAUUAAAGACCCCAAAGCUGUCACUGAUUUGUUGAAAAAAACUUUCGCCGUGUUUCACGGGUCUGAAGGAAAACUGACUGUUGUUGAUCAUAAAAUUAGCGUUUUGCAAGCCGCCGGUUAUUUCAGCUAUAACAGUGUGCCAGAAGAGAAUUUAGGUGAAGUAUUAGUCAAUGCAUCGGAUUGUUUCUUGAAGAUAUUGGAGACUGAGGUUCAUGAGAAGACGCUUUGUCAUGCUUUGGAGAUGUUUGCUUUGUGGGGUUGCAAAUUUGAGAAGGAGGUGCCUGGCAAGGUUGUGGAAGCGUUUAAGAAUGGGAUGGUAUUGAAGACAUCUACCCCUCUAGUCCGCAUAUCAUACAUAAAAUGCAUGCUCACUUGUUUCAAUCGCAACACGAUUCAUCAAGCCACAACUUUAAUCCCAGUUUUGCUGAAAUCAGUCGACCGAGCUGUCGCACAAUCUGCCCAGUGUCUCCCUGUAACAGAAGGCUUGUGUGCCACUUGCAUGCUUCUUAAAAUAAUCUCAGUGAUUGGAGAAAAAGAAAACAAUUUUCAAAACCUCUGGAAUAUUCUUCUCGACAUGGACAAACAGAUUUUUGUCUCUGAAAAAUUCCUUUCGACCACCGGAGACGACGGCUUGAUCUAUGUCAUGCAACUAUGCGAAAACCUCCUCGUCGAUCAUUGUAAAAUACUCAAUGGAAAAAAUUCACCACUUCAUCGAGCCGUCUUAUACUGUGUGAUAUUCGGAUCGGCGAAAGUGCGACGUAAAUGUUUGACGAUUCUCAAGAGGAUGGUGGCGUCGUCGCCUAAGGCGGCUCUAGCACGAGCUUUGUUCAGAGAAUUAUUGAAUUUUCUCGAAACUGUUAAAAUUCAAGGAGAGAACAAUAUGGAAAUGUCGAGUCAUGCGCUAGUCGAGUGUAUCACUUCGUUGUGUUCGUCGCAGGAUUUAGCACCUGAAGAUGUUCAAUUGUUGGCUUUGGAUGCUUUUCUUCCGGCUCAUUAUCCUUCGGUUGUCGCCGUUGCAUCCGAUUUGUGGGUCAAAAUCACCAAACAUUUGAAUGUCAAACCUAAAAUUUUAAUUGCUCAACAAGCUGAGUUUUUUAAGAAGGUUUUGGUGCAGGAAUAUGUCACUUCCCCGUUAGUCCAGUCAGUAGGGAGUUAUGCCCAAAAGGUGGGGUAG